CAGCUAAGGUACAGUGUGAUAGGGCAGCGGAGCAGAGGACAGAAGAGGAGUUUGAGCUGAAGUAGGUCGGCUGACAAAAACGCCAGUCAUGUCUGGGUUAAUGUUUACCCUGAGGGCCAGCAGCUCAUGGCCCUGCAGCCGCCUGUCCCGGCUGAGCAGCCCGAGGGUGCCUCCGCUCUCCCGGAACAGCUCGUCUAAAAUGUCAUCAGACGCCCACUGGCUCUCCCCUGCAGACCGGGAUCAGCUGGUGAUGGAGCUCAGGGCCACUGGUUGGUUGGAGGUGGAGGACCGUGAUGCCAUCUUCAAAGAACUUCACUUUAAAACCUUUAAUCAGGCGUUUGGCUUCAUGUCACGAGUGGCUCUACAGGCAGAGAAGAUGAACCACCACCCAGAAUGGUUCAAUGUUUAUAAUAAGGUCCAGAUCACACUGACGACACACGACUGCGGGGGGCUCUCGAAACGGGACAUCAAAAUGGCCAAGUUCAUCGACCAAGUCGUCCUCUCCAUGUGACGUUUUCGUCUUCAGUCUGGAUGUUUUUUGUUGUUGUGAAAAAAUGAUUCCUCAAUGUGACCGUAUCCUGCCUCUGUUUUUGCCUAAAAUAAAAUCUGAAGAUCUGCGGUGAUGCGGUUUGUUUGUUUGUUUGUUUUUUAUUUUUACAAGUUUUCUGUGCGAAUAAAACUUUGAAUGCAGGAAA